AUGGGAAAAGAUCAAACAAAUCAUUCUAAACAACAAAGGAUAUCGCUGAACAAACAAAUCACUCUGCGAUCCGUGGCCUCACUUGACGAGUACUGCCAGCGCCUCAAGGAUCUCGCUGAACAACUCCGCAAUGUUGAGUGCCCCGUCACCGAUCAACGAAUGGUACUCCAAUUGGUACGCGGCCUCCCGUUGGAAUUCGAUACCACCGUCGCCUACAUAAAUCAAACUCUUCCCAAUUGGGAUACCACUUGCACACCGGGCACCGGCCUCACCACCUCCGUAAACCCUCCGAAAGAUACCCCUCACCGGAAACUUUCUCGUGGCCGAGGCUCCAACUCCAAUCGUAACCAAUCCAACAGCCGUAACAACCAGCCUUCCACCGGUCAGUCCAAUAGCCGCGAACGACCUAACUCGGCCGGACAGCCCAGCAACCCAGCUGCAUACCCACCUGCGCCACACCCGUUGUGGACUAUGCCUCCGCCACCCUGCCCAUAUCCGACCCAGCAAGGCUGGGCUUAUUCGUGGUAUCCUGGCCCAAUACCCACAUUGUCACAACAGCAACAACGCCGCGCCCCACAGCAGCAUUCGUACGAGGCCCACUCGCUCCAAACCAAUUCGUCUCAAGCCCACACGACCGGAUCAUACAACGCUCUUGACCCCACCGACAUCGGCACCGCCUUUCAAGCACUGACUAUGGACCCACUUGACGACUCGCAAUAG